AUGUGUCUGCCUUGUUUCCCCUGGACGUGGACAGAAUAUGAAGACCCGUUGGAUUCGAUGCCAGAGCAACAUGUGUGGGUGCAUGACGGGCAGGCGUGGUCUCUGCAACGAUAUUCUCCCAAGACCCCCCGACGGAUGAAGACUGGAGGCGAGCCCCUUCGUCAGGUGCACUUCCAGAGUCCAGGCACCACCAAAACCACAACUUCCACCUCUGCUUCUCCUCCCUUCUCUUCCACCUCAACCACUUCCACCACUCCGACUUCGGCUGCAACCACCGAAACCACCAGCAACCAGCCCGAGAGCUUCCCUCAGCUCGGCGCACCGCCUCUCAGCACUCUGGGAGCUGGCCAGUGGCACACGGCCGUCGAUCCGACUCAGAGCGUCAAGUUGCCCGGCCAGCCGUUUGCAGGUUUUGCACCUGGCCAACAUCAACCCGCUCACUUUCUGCGCCCUCAGCUCUUCAACGGCCCGUUUCCUCCUGCGCAGCCUCAGCUUCCUACCCCAAUCACCUAUAUCGGACACCCGCAGCCCGUGAACAUCGCCAUGGCCGACUACCAAAACGCAGCCCCGAUGCAUGUUGGCAUCAACUUCCAGCCUCCCGUGCCCGAUACCACGUUUGGCCCGAUUCCGCACGUCUAUGUGCCUCGCUUUGACGGGAGCUACGUGCCUGCUGCUCUUCAAGUCGGUCUCCCCCCGGUACAGUUUGUUUCCGCCCCUGCUGCGUGCUCCGUCGUGAUGCCAAAGACAUUCUACCACAACGGCUACACUUACUAUGCAAUCACACACCCAAGCUACGUUGUUGCUCAGCAGCCUGCCAUCGUCCCACAGCCCUUCGUCGGCCAACAGCCUGUCAUGAUUGGCGGGCAACCAGCUCCGGCUGCGAUCCCCGUUCAACAAUUGCACGCUGUUCCCGCGAUGGGCGUGCCUGGCGUCGGCGGCGUGCCCGUCAUAGCAGGUAAUGGUGGCCAAAUCCCCGAUGUGUCUGGUCUUGGGAGAACCCCUGCAGAGGAAACCGUGCGGCAGCUUCAGUUUGCGCACGCGAACAAGCUGUUCGAGCCUCAGGAGUUCAAGCCAUCGGACGAUGACCCAUCUCGUUUCUACUAUGUUCGCGAAGUUGACGGUAAUUGGACCCAGCGCAACCGAUUUACUAUUGACCACCUAGGUGACUGUCGAUGGUACGUCACCGACGAGGGUUGGUUCUACGCCGUGCGGAUGCCCAACUAG